UUCUUGUCCUGAUGUAUCAACACUGGUGCAGAGUCUACAACAAGCCUUGGCCCUUGAAGCUAAAUUCCAACCAAAGCUUCAACUUCUGUCAACAGCCAGCAAUACAGGAGAAAGCAGUGAAAUUACGUGUGCAAUGAGGGAUGGAGCUGCUCAUGUUCUUCGCUGCUUGAAAGAAAAAUUUGUGUUGGUUUGAAGCCGAUCCGCCCAUUCAGUGUGUCUGCUUCCAAUCUCAAUCCUAUGACACCAGGAAGGCCUCAGUUGCCACGGACACCCAGACUUUGCUUCAAAGAAAAUGAUAAUUCAAGAUUUGGAACACAUGAUUUUCCAUCAACUCCAAAGUUUGGUCGUUCUGAAUCAACACCAGAACUUCACAGGAUAAGAAAGUUGGACCAAUCUCUUCACAUGGUUGAGAGAAACACCACUCAAGAAAAAGCACAUUACAACAAUGUUCUCCAAGAAAGUAAUGCAUCCAAUCUUUUAACUCUCACCAGUGAUUCUCUCCCAGAUAUCUUUCGUAAGCCUAUUAGCCAACAGCAACAUGAGGUUCCACUCAACCUACAGUCUAAAUUUGACAAUUCAGAAGAUAAGGUUUCAAAAUUGGGUUAUUGCCCUUCCUCCACAAAUACCCAACAAGGUUUUGGCACAAAAAUCAAUCAUCCAGAAUCUCAGAAAGAGUCCUCCAUCAAACUAGUUACUGAAGGACUCGGGAUAGUAACACAAGUAAAAGAAGAAGUACCUUGUGCUGAUAUUCUAAAACCAGAUACCUCUACCUGGAGCAAAAAAUGAAUUUGUUGCAUGGAACCAACCGGAAAAAUCAUCCUUUUCGACCAAUAAAUUACCAUCUGUGCAUUCGGAAAUGGAAGAAAUAUAUGCUUUCACAAAUGCCAAGAACAAAUCAGGAUUGAAUUCUACUUCAGAUACAGCGAGCGCUCUUGGACUAUCGACACAACCGACUGUCAAAAUGCAUCCUUUAGAUCAAGCGCAAACACCACUAGCUAAAAAUCUGACGUGGACUGGACAUUCAUCAUUUAGUACAACCAAAACACGACAAUCAUCCCUAGUUUCGUUAGCUUCGACUUCGAAGACUGAAAUGCAUAACGAUGAACAAAAACUAUCACUCGGCAUUUUAUUACCCAAAGUACAGGCCAAUUUUCAAUCUAGCAAGCUCUAAACCUCCGCAGCCAAUACCUAUUCAACUAGUGGUAAGCGUCGUGGCAGAAGUUCAACCAAUUGAUCCCAUCCAACAUCAUGUAGAGCAACAAAGCAAAUUAAUUCCCCCAGUUUCCAGCAGCAAUAUUUUACCCCCUCCAAUUGCUCGACCGACUCCGAAAACCAAGCAGAUAGCAGUUAACGGCAAG